UCCCAGUGGGCGGGGCGAGUUUGCGUACCCACCAAUGGGAGCGCCGCAUUUGCGUUCGCUCCGCCCGGAAGGUGGGCCGAGCCGCUUUCCUGCGAGCGCUGCCGGCUGAGCGACCCGCGCUUCGUGCUGCGGAGGCUCCGUCACCAUGCAGGGUAGCUCGAGAAGGACGGGCACCAUGACCGAUGUCCACCGGCGGUUCCUCCAGCUGCUGAUGACUCACGGCGUGCUGGAGGAGUGGGAGGUUAAGCGCCUGCAGAAGCACUGCUAUAAGGUCCACGACUCCAACGCUCCUGUGGAGAAGUUGGAGGACUUCAUCCACAACAUUAACAGUGUCUUGGAGUCCUUGUAUAUUGAGAUAAAGAAAGGAGUCUCUGAAGAUGACGGGAGGCCCAUUUAUGCCCUGGUGAAUCUUGCAACAACUGCAGUCUCCAAAAUGGCCUCAGACUUUGCAGAGAACGAACUGGAUUUGUUCAGAAAGGCUUUGGAACUGAUUAUUGACUCAGAAACUGGCUUCGCCUCUUCCACAAAUAUUUUGAAUGUGGUUGAUCAACUUAAAGGCAAGAAGAUGCGGAAGAAGGAAGCUGAGCAGGUGCUGCAGAAGUUCGUACAGAACAAGUGGCUGAUUGAGAAGGAAGGCGAGUUCACCCUGCACACCCGGGCCAUCCUGGAGAUGGAGCAGCACAUCCGGGAGACGUACCCUGACGCCGUGAAGAUCUGCAACAUCUGCCACGGCCUCCUCAUCCAGGGUCAGAGCUGCGAGACCUGUGGGAUCAGGAUGCACUUACCUUGUGUGGCCAAGUACUUCCAGUCCAAUUCCGAGCCGCGCUGCCCCAACUGCAACGACUACUGGCCCCACGAGAUACCAGAAGUCUUCGACCCCGAGAAGGAGACGGGGGCUGCACUCUCCAAGCCAAACAGAAAGUCUCUGCGGCCCAGGCCGCACUAGCGGCGUGCUGCAGGCCCGGCUGGAAGACCCCGUGCCUCGAGGCUCACAUGAGUCACCUCCUCGGAGCUUCAUUUUCCCUCAUUAGUCGGUUUGAAAUAAAACGUCCUGUCACCG